GCGGCGCGUGCGGCCGGAGCCGGAGCGGAUCCCGGAGCCGGAGCGGAGCGGAGCGGAGCCGGGGCGGAGCGGGCCGAGCCGGCCGAGCCAGCAGCCGAGCUGGGGGCGCGGGCGGGCGGCAUGUACCGGGCCCGGGCGGCGCGGGCGGGGCCGGAGCCCGGCAGCCCGGGGCGCUUUGGGAUCCUCAGCACCGGGCAGCUCCGGGACCUGCUUCAGGAUGAGCCCAAGCUGGACCGGAUCGUGCGGCUCAGCAGGAAGUUCCAGGGCCUGCAGCUGGAGCGCGAGGCCUGCCUGGCCUCCAACUACGCGCUGGCCAAGGAGAACCUGGCCCUGCGGCCCCGCCUGGAGAUGGGCCGGGCUGCCCUGGCCAUCAAAUACCAGGAACUUCGCGAGGUGGCCGAGAAUUGCGCUGACAAGCUGCAGCGGCUGGAAGAGAGCAUGCAUCGCUGGAGUCCCCACUGUGCGCUGGGCUGGCUGCAGGCUGAGCUAGAAGAGGCAGAGCAGGAGGCAGAGGAGCAGAUGGAGCAGCUGCUGCUGGGGGAGCAAAGCCUGGAGGCCUUCCUGCCUGCCUUCCAGCGUGGCCGUGCCCUGGCCCACCUGAGGCGGACACAGGCGGAGAAGCUGCAAGAGCUGCUGCGGCGUCGGGAGCGCUCUGCCCAGCCGGCCCCCACCUCGGCUGCCGAUCCCCCCAAAUCCUUCCCGGCUGCAGCUGUCCUGCCCACUGGGGCUGCCCGGGGACCACCAGCAGUGCCCCGGAGCCUGCCCCCCUUGGACUCCCGCCCAGUGCCCCCACUGAAGGGCUCCCCCGGGUGCCCCCUCGGCCCGGCCCCUCUGCUGAGCCCUCGGCCCUCGCAGCCAGAGCCCCCCCACCGGUAGGAUCCAGGGUGUGGCCCCCAGUGGGGGGUCCUAGACAAACUUGAUGCGUGGCUCCUCCUCCUCCCCCACUGCCUGGGUGGGGGGAGGGGCAGGCCCCUCCCCCCGGCCUCAGGCAGGCCCUGGCCCUGGAGGCUGAGCUGGGGAGGAGGGUCGCCUGGAUGAGGCCCUAGAGGGGGCUGGGUGGGGGUGGGCAGGGGGUUAUGCCUCUGGCGCUGAAGACACCCUGCCUUUUUUGUUUCCCUGGCCCGGGGCCUCCAGGGUGGUGGACCAGCCCCAUAAAAGAACUUGACUCACCUAUGGGGGCCUGGGAAGAUGCCUGCGCCCCCCAGGGGCCCUGCCAAGGGGACCGUCGCACCCCAUCACUCCACUGGGCUCACACAACGCCAAGCCAAGGCUGCCAGGAGUGUUUUACAUCAUGUCCUGAGCCUACCUUUCCUCCAAAUUCUGAGGCCCACGGCCUAGGAGCCAGGUGGUCAGGCCUUGGCUGUGGGGCCAGGGACACGGUGGCCCUGGGGCUGCUACGUGGCAGAACAUGCUCCAGACCCUGGGGCCAAGGUAGACCAGGGGCUUCUGACUUGUGCAGGUGAGAGUGGGCCAUCCCCAGGAAAGACCAUUCUGUAUUUUUCUGUCCCUGUCUCCUUAGAAUGGAAGCUUUUUGAGGGCAGGUCCUUGUCUUUGUACGUUCUGUCCCCAGCCCCGCCUCUUAGGGGCCGUCAAUAAAUGUGAUGAUGAGGAUGA